AUGUCUCACAAUCAUCACACAGGUAAAAACCAUUGUUCUUCAAAUGAUAUUCUCUUGGAUAAACCAUCGACAGAAAAAGAAUUAUAUGCUGAUCAAUCAUUUGGUUUUGGUACAAUGCAAGGAUGGAGAAAAACACAUGAAGAUUUUCAUAAACAUUUAAUACCAUUUGAUAAUCAACAUUGGAAGAAUUGGUCUUAUUUUGCUAUAUUUGAUGGUCAUUGUGGUGUUGAUACAGCAAAAAAUGCUGCCCGUUUUCUUGAUAAAUAUCUAUUGGAAUCUUUUAAUCAAUGUCAAUCGAAUAUUGAUCUUCAUCAAUUUCAUAAGAUUAUUAAAAAUACAUUCAUUCAUUUGGACAAAAAUUUAAUGGAAGUUGUUAAAGAUCAUAGUGGGUCUGUUUGUAUAGCGGCUUUAAUAAGUCCUAAAUCAGCUUUUUUAAUUAAUAUUGGAGAUUGUCGCGGAAUAAUUAUUUCAAAAGAUGGACAAAUUUUAUCAGCUACUAAAGAUCAUAAACCAGAUGUUCGAAAAGAACAAGAACGUAUACGUAAAGCAGGUGGUCAUAUAACAAAACCGAAGAAUAGUGUUUUACGUGUUGAAGAUAAACUUGCUAUGACUCGUGCAUUAGGAGAUUAUUCAUUAGAUAAAAAUGUUAUACCAGCUUUACCUGAUGUUAUUGAAUAUCCAAGAGAUUCAUCUGCAGCAUAUCUUAUUAUUGCGUCCGAUGGAAUUUGGGAUGUUAUGAGUAAUGAACAAGUUGCUUCGUUUAUUUCUCAACGAGCAUCGAAUACAACUUUAGAUGAUAUUAUAUCACAAUUAUUUGAUUAUUGUUUACAACAACAAUCUACAGAUAAUAUGACAAUCUAUGUCGUAAAAUUAGAUUAA